AACUUGAAACAAACUCGAAAUCGUACAGGUUGCGCGUGAUCAUUUGUGGAGCUCUUUUCGGUUGCCAAUAUGUUUCAAUGAAAUUAACAAUGAAUCAAUGCAAUUUUAUACGAAAUAUCAAAAGCGAUUUAUAGUCAAACUUGUAAUAUAUUCAAAAUGUUUUUAUAUUCUAAGAUGAUGCAAGUAUUUAAUGAAUUUACGAAAAGGCUGAUCGAAGAUGUGUCGAUAGGAUAAAAUUUUGCGUAAAAAUUUUUGCUAAUUAUUGUGUAUUAUAUCAUUUGAUAAAAUUUCAUUAUUUACAAAUUAAAUUUUGCAUAAGUGGUCACAUGAAUGUCAUUAAUUUUUUCUAUUUGACAUUGAAAUAAAUAGUGUAAAAUUGUUUAUGAUAACGGGUUUUUAAAUAAAAAUUGGACUAAUUUGUCGAUAAUAAACCUAAUUAACUGUCUCCAAAUGAGGCUUUAAAUAAUAGUAUAACCUUUGAACAGUGUCGACAAUUUUAGUGUCUUAUAAAAACUAUUCAGACUCGAAAACAUACCAUGUCUUGGAUAAGAGAAAGUACGUUAAAUUGUCUUCAGUACUUAGCAGUAAAGAUUUUAAAAAGUGGUCAAAUUCCUAAACAUGUAGCAUUUAUUAUGGAUGGAAAUAGAAGAUAUGCUAACAAAAAUCAUCUUGAAAAAAUAAAUGGGCACACACAAGGGUUUCACAAAUUAACAGAAACUCUACAGUGGUGUUUAGACCUUGGUAUUCCAGAAGUAACAGUUUAUGCAUUUAGUAUAGAAAAUUUUAAGAGGUCCAAGGAGGAAGUCAAUGGGCUUAUGGAACUUGCUAGACAAAAAUUUCAGAGUUUGUUAGAUGAGAAAGAAAAAUUGAUGGAAUAUGGCAUAUGUGUGCGUAUUAUAGGAAAUUUAGAAUUACUUCCAGAGGAUCUACGUAAAUUAGUGGCAGAAGCUAUAAUCAUUACCAAAAAUAAUAAUAAAGCAUUCCUUAAUAUUGCUUUUGCUUAUACAUCAAGAGAUGAAAUGACGCAUGCAAUUAAAGAUAUAUUAAGAGGUAUUAAAAAUGCGGAUCUUCUACCAGAAGAUAUAAACGAAGACCUUAUUUCUAAGUGUUUAUACACUUAUAAUUCUCCUAAUCCUGAUUUACUUAUUCGUACUUCUGGAGAAAUUCGUCUUAGUGAUUUUCUUAUAUGGCAGGUUAGUAACAGUUGCAUCUAUUUCGCUGAUGUAUUAUGGCCUGAAUUCAGUGCUUGGGAUUUACUUGGUGCAAUCUUUUAUUAUCAAAGAUGUUAUACAAAUUUACAAACUAUUGCAAAAGCACAAAAUAUAACUAAUUAUAAUAGCAGAGUUACUAAUUAUCUUAAUAAAUUAUAUCACGAACGGCAGGCUAUGCUGCAAAAUAUAUGUGCUUCAGAAAUUCUAGCAUACAAUGGAAAUAAAUGAUCCAAAAAUAGAAUAUAUAUAAUUAUCUACCAAAAAUAUAAUUAUACAGAACAGAUAAGAAUAU